AGUGCUCAGUUAAAAUUUGUAAUCCGGCAAGUUGAAUUCUAUAUAAAAACAAAUUUGUUUUCUGAUAAAACAAAAAUAAAAAAUAUACUCGCUCAAAAUUAAUCUAGCCUUGAAAUCGGAAACGGAGUCCAGUCUUACCACUGUAUUUAAAGCCGUGCACGAUAUGAAUUUAAGGGUAGGCGACAUAUCUGACUGCUCGAAGCUUUACAGCAACAUAGAAACUAUGAAAAAUGACUAUGAUAACUGGAAGAACGUUCUGAAAAAGACACAUUUAAAAGUGCAAACCGAGAUUAAACUGUGGGAAAGGGCUAUAGAAAAAGUUCGAGAAACGAUUAGAGCCAAUAGUCUCGGAACUACUUUUGAUGUUAAAAAUAACGAAAAUGACAUUUUUGUGACUAUCACGUUCACGCCCACCCAAUCAAAGUGCAUAAAAAUAAAUGACGGCUACCACCUGAGGGACUUUACUUUGCCCGGCGGCCUGGAGUGGAUUCAAAAGAUAAUUGCUGAUCUAAAUGAAUCAUUAACGAAAAUCGACCUUGAUCAGAAUUAUGUGAGUACUCAACAGGAAAAACUCUACUCGACGGAAAAAUAUUUAAUGAAUGGGGGGAAAGCGCACACUCAGAACGCAAUAGGUACAGUGGGACAGACCAAAGUGAAUGGUAAUGUGGAAAAAAAACCUGAAGAUCUUACGGCACUCAUGAAUCAUAGGAAAUCGGAAUUUGAGGAAUUUAUGCUAAGAGCAGAAGAGGACAGCGCUUUAAUUAAUAAUUUGACAGAUGAAGUUCUUGUUAUGUUAAAUAAACUUACGAGCAUCAACUCUAAAAUGUUGACAGAUUCAAUAGUUGAUGGUAUAAAAAAUGAAAUAGACGAGCUCCUGGAAAGAUUUGGAGAAGAGAACAUAACAGCUGAGACGGCUAAACUCUCAAUCAACAAUCAAAGAAGUCCAACCAAGAUCGCUCCUACUAAGUAUAUUUCGAAAAAAAUCUCCCAAACGAAACAUUAUUUCAAGGAUAUGGAAAUAGUCCAGAAACUGUUUCCUACUGUAGAUACGCACAUAUCAGAACCGGUUCUAGUCGAUUUGAUGGAUAUUAGAAAGAUUAAAAUCAAAUUGAUCGAAUAUGAAUCAAAUAGAAACAGUGGCACUGAAAAUGGGUUAGCUAAAAAUCAAGUGAGCCUUAGCGACUUAAGUGACAUUCAUCUGAGUGACAACUUUUCAGAUCAAAUUAUCUCGAACGAAAGGGUUACAAAUAUAAUUGGUUCACAUGUAAGUGUUAGCGAUAAUAUUAACCCUAGUGGGAACUAUUCUCUUCAUAUAAAUUUUGCUAUAAAUCCUGCUCAUGAAAUCACCAUAUCUAAAAUUGAUUUAGAGAGAAAGGAAAAUGAUUUUGUGUCUGAAGAAACACAACCGAUUAAAAUCCGGGCGGAAACUGAGUCCGGUGACAAUAGAGUCAAUUCAAAACAAAAUUCUAAUAGAACCCAAACUUACGUAAAAUGCACCAAGUCAUUAAAAUGCGAUGUCAAAGCAAGUCUAGAUCGAUCGACGAGUGAAGCCCAAAAGAAAUCUGCAGCAGACAUAAUGAUGAAAUAUAAUGAAUCCUCUGUAGGGAUGUGCAAGUCGAAAUGUAAAAAUGACGCGGUUUCCCGUCCUCCUUUUAAUGAUAUUUCUAAAAUCAAGUCUGAUGUGGACCUGUACAUAGACGAGAUAAGAAACAUUUUAAGAUCAGGCUCAUUUGACUCUACAGAAGCAGAGAGUCCAACUGAUGUUGAUGUUAAUAAUAUUGAUCCGACUAAAAAACAGUCAAAUAAAUUUAAAUUUUUGCAAAAUGUGAAUGAUAAUAUGUCAAUAUAUAAGCUUCCUGAUCUUUUACGAGACCGUAAACUUGAAAACACCGUGAAUGAGGAAAUCUGUGCAGAAAGAUCAAAUCAUAUCUUAAAAAAAAAUUGUAACUUCAAUGUAGAAAUUGAGUCCGGCAAGGAAAAAAUUAAAUCUAGUAUUUCGGGUAGAAAUUUCACAGUGAUUACAGUCCAAGUGUGCAAUGAUGGUAAAAAUCCUGAUGAUUCCUUUGAUAAAUCUGAGACUGAUGAUAAGAAAUCCAAAAUAACCAAAAAUAAAACCUUUUCCGUGCAAGAUAUUAUGACAUAAUAUUUAGGAAGUGGAAUUCAACAUGUGAACAUAAAUUCUUAUUACAAUUUUAUAAUUUUGUACAAUUCAAAAAAUUUUAAAAUUAUAGCACAGCAAGGCCUUAAAAAAUAAUGCACAUUUUUGUUCAAUUCAUGAACUACAGUUUAAUAAUCAAUCUAACCUGUUCUGACUUAACUUCUUUUGGAUGAAAUGAAUAUUAUUUCUCGCCGAA